UCGGAGUUGCUAUAGAGGCGGGGAGACGGACAGAUUGGCUGCUCUGGGGUCGCACUUCCGGUCAUCUCCUGGGGAAACACGCAUUGUGAAGGCGUCACCCGCUAGGGUCUCCGGUGACCGGGACUGCGGCAGCGGCCCGGAGGGCGGGAUGUUCCGGGGUUUGAGCAGUUGGUUUGGCUUGCAGCAGCCAGAGACCGGUGACCGCCAGUCCGGGGAAGACGGGCAGCCUCAGGGAGACGGGCAGCCUAAGGGAGACACUGCACCCGAGCAGCGCUCCGAGGCGGUGGCGGAGCCGGCAGAGGGGGAGUCACAGCAAGCCGAGGACCAGGAGCUCCUUCACCAGGCCAAAGGCCUCGGCAACUACCUAUUCAAUUUUGCGACCGCUGCUACAAAAAAAAUAACUGAAUCAGUUGCUGAAACAGCACAAACGAUAAAGAAAUCAGUAGAAGAAGGGAAGAUAGAUGACAUCAUUGAUAAGACAAUUAUAGGAGAUUUUCAGAAGGAACAGAAAAAAUUUGUUGAGGAACAGCAUACAAAAAAAUCAGAAGCAGCAGUACCCCCAUGGGUUGAUAGUAAUGAUGAAGAAACAAUUCAACAACAAAUUUUGGCCUUAUCAGCUGACAAGAGGAAUUUCCUUCGUGACCCUCCGGCUGGUGUGCAGUUUCAUUUUGACUUUGAUCAGAUGUACCCCGUUGCCCUGGUCAUGCUCCAAGAGGACGAACUGCUGAGCAGGAUGAGAUUUGCCCUUGUUCCGAAACUCGUGAAGGAAGAAGUGUUUUGGAGGAACUACUUUUACCGAGUCUCCCUGAUUAAGCAGUCGGCUCAGCUUACAGCCCUGGCCGCCCAGCAGCAAGCCGUCAGGAAAGAGGGGAAGAGCCAUGGCGGAGAGGGUGCGUCGCCACUGACAGAGGCAGUACGGCCCAAAACACCACCUGUUGUAAUCAAAUCUCAGCUUAAAACUCAAGAGGAUGAAGAGGAGAUCUCUACCAGCCCCGUUGUCUCUGAGUUUGUCAGUGACGCCUUCGAUGCCUGUAACUUAAAUCAGGAGGAUCUGAGGAAGGAAAUGGAGCAGCUGGUGCUCGACAAAAAGGAGGAGACUGUACUAGAAGAGGAUUCUGCAGAUUGGGAAAAAGAACUACAACAAGAACUUCAAGAAUAUGAAGUGGUGACAGAAUCAGAGAAACGAGAUGAAAACUGGGAUAAGGAAAUAGAGAAGAUGCUGCAGGAGGAAAAUUAGCUGUUUCCCGAAAUAUAAGAAUAAUCCUUAACAUUCUGUAACUGACAUUAAAUUCUAGAUGGCAACACUCACUGAA